GCUACCAGGUCUUGCCGAAGGCGUGACCGUAAAGGGGCCCGGCUCUGUCGUGAAAGGGCCGCAAAAAGGCCGAGGGCGAGUUGACGGCUGCGACUCCAUUUUGUAGGCCGCUUCGUUGUGUGCGUCCACGGCGAUUCUUCCCACAGAGUUGUGAAGCGAAAGGCUUACAAUUAAAAGGAAGAAAAAAAAAAUAAAGAUAAUUCGGGAGUACAACUGACAAAGCGUGUGGGUCGCUCAGCCUCCAGCAGUAACUGCUGAUCUCCAGUUCUUGGAGGGUUCCGGUGAGAAGAACGCCCCUACUGCGGUACUGAAGAAGCGGCAGGAGGAGAUGCGGCCCCUGGACAUAGACGAGGUGGAAGCGCCUGAGGAGGUGGAGGUGCUGGAGCCCGAGGAGGAUUUCGAGCAGUUCCUGCUCCCGGUCAUCAACGAGAUGCGCGAGGACAUCGCGUCUCUUAUACGCGAGCACGGGCGGGCGUACCUGCGGACCAGGAGCAAGCUGUGGGAGAUGGACAAUAUGCUUAUCCAGAUCAAAACGCAGGUGGAGGCCUCGGAGGAGAGCGCCCUCAAUCACGUGCAGCACCCGAGUGGCGAAGCCGACGAGAGAGUGUCGGAGUUGUGCGAGAAGGCUGAGGAGAAAGCCAAGGAGAUUGCGAAGAUGGCAGAGAUGCUGGUCGAGCUCGUCUGGCGAAUAGAGAGAAGCGAGUCUUCUUGAAGGAGGAGAUCGGUGGUUCACAGCUGAGGACUGUAGUCAACUGGUAAGGAUGAACUGACACCUUGAGGAAACUGAAACAGCUUGUCAUUUUCUCUGUUUUGUUUUUGUAUGUUUUUUACCCCCAUGUAACAGUCUCCCUUAUGGUCAGUGAUUGAUGACCUCGAUAUGGAUUUAGAUUAUCAAAUGUGUUUGGUUUUGGAAAUAUAACUUUUGUCGAAGAAAUACUCUCAGAAGAGAAAUGGGGCUUAAUUAAGUUGUUUUGUGGUCACGUUUAUUCUUGUUACUUCGCUAUGUUUUUGAAAUGUUGGGCAUGGCUUCGUGUUUUGCUGUUACCUUUGUGACCUGAUUGUUUUUUGGAACACGUCAAGACGUGGGAUCAGAAUCUUCCAACUUUAGAGGUGCAAUGGAAGACACUAUGCUACUUGGUUGAGCCUGGUGAAGAAUGUAUUAAUGAGACUGCUUUGCAUAAAGCUGGGAAGAAAGAGAAGACAGUUGGAGAUGGAAGAUGGUUUUGUAUAUAUUUUGGAACUUUAGUUCCUCUGUGAGACGAAAGAGGAGAGCUAUGUUUUGUGGCACAUUGUCUGAUAUAUAUUGUGUAACCUGUCAGGUGAGUUGAUUUAGACAACAUAGCUGACCUUUUAUGACAAGGCAGUUUGAAUAGGGACUAUUGUAAUACCCUCACACAUUAUAGGGGCAUCAGAGAAUGGCAUCGAAGAGACAGUCUACAGAGAGCUUUAAGAGGCCGGAGAAAGGAAAAGACAUUAUCAGGGCCUGGAAAGUCUCUUCCGGUUCAUCAGCGUAGUAGACCUGUCAGAUUGGAGGUCAAAGACAAAAGUAUAAUAAGUGUUAAUUUGCCUUGAAAAACAAAGACCUAAAAAGCCUUUUUUAAGAAAUAAAUUUUUUGUUCACAUGACCAAAGCCCCUCCUGUGUGUGUUAAUAAAAGAAUCAUAAACAAA